CGGUGGCGCGCGGCGGCAACUCGGCCAGUUUCUGCUGUCUGCUUGGCGGGUGUUGAGCGGUGCGCGUCGCGGGCUGGACCGUUCCUGUAUUUGUCGAAGGGCUUCGGCGACUGUGCAAUAAGAAAGUUGAAGAAGUAGAUUACGGGCCAAAGGAAGAUAUUUAUGCACCAGUAAACCAUCGGCGCCUAAUUAUGAAGGCGAUACUGAAGUUCAGCUUGGUUUUCUUCGCGGCCAUUGCAGUGUCACUGGCGCAGGACAGCCCCCGACUGGAGCUUCUGCCGUCUGCACCGGAGAACCGCCGAGACAUCGGCGCCUCGGGCUACUUCCAGUGCAAGGUGAUCGGUCAGCAGGAGGGUCUCAUCAGCGACCUCGUGUGGACCGACCCCAACGGAAACGAGGUGCCGGACGAGAGGAGCAGUCGGGUGUACUCGUCGUCCAAGGACCCGAGCAAGGAGCUCGAUUUGUACGUGACGAACGUCACCGAACACGAUUCGGGCGAGUACACGUGCAAGGCGCGCUACGGAAAUCAGGAGAUCACCAACAAGUUCAACCUGCUCGUCUACAUGAAGAUCCGCUGGGUGGACGCGCCGGAGGAGCAGAACCCCUUCGCGGGCACCCGGGCCACCAUCAAGUGUCUGGUCAAGGCCAACCCGCCGGCCAUCGUCGAAUGGCUCGACGGAAACGGAGACUUCAUCCGGAAAACGGACAGGUACACCCCUCUGGACUCGGGCCUGCUGUACAUCGAGAACAUCACCUCGGCUGAUGAUGGCGAGUUUCUGUGCCGGGCCAAGGUGCCCGCCGAGGGAGAGAUGUCCGAACGACGCAUCAAAGUCGAGGUCUACUCCCGUCCCGAGAUCACUCUACCCGUGCGCGACUCCGAGGUCGAGAUCAUCGAGUCCCAGGAGGGCAGCAUCCGGUGUCAGGCCACUGGCAAACCGGAGCCGGAGCGGACCUGGUUCGGUCCGUCGGGCACCAGCGCCGCGGAGGUGCCCGGGCUGCGUGUGGAUGGGGAUGGCACCCUGAGCUUCCUACCUGCCGACCGCAGCAUGGCCGGCCAGUACCGGUGUGAGGCCAAGAACCAGGUGGCCUCCGUGGAAACGACCGUCAAUGUGGUGGUCAUCGUGCGGCCAGAGAUCGUACGGUACGAGAACGUCACCUUUGCUGACGGCCAGUCGGCCACACUGGUAUGCCGAGUGACGGGCUCACCCCCGCCUACCGUGUCCUUCCGUAAGACGGGCACGGACAUUGUCUACGAGAAGGAUGUGAUCCCGGUGGACGACCGUGUGAUGGUGCGGCAGACUCAGGAAGGCGACGAACAGGUCGGCGAGCUGUCCAUCCGUGACAUCACCCGUGCCGACUCGGGCACCUACGACUGCGUCGCCUCCAACUCUGGCGGCCAGAUCUCUGCGCCGGCCCGACUGACCGUCCAGUACCAGCCCGUGCUGACCGCCCCGGAGACCGCCGAGGUGUUCACCUGGGCCGGACACCCCGCCGAGCUGGGGUGCGGGGUGGAGGCCGAGCCACGCGCGGAGGUCGGCUGGUCGUUCGGAGGACGGAGGCCGGAGGAGGACGUCCAUAUGGAGCAGAGGAUGGAGGGAGAGACGUCCGUUCUGACGGUGACCCCAGUGGACGCGGGCUACUUUGGCGUAUACCAGUGCUCGGCGUCCAACUCCCAGGGCUCGGCCACACUGGACUUUACUCUGCGCGAGGCCACGGCGCCGGGACUGAUCUUCGGAGCUGCCGUACAGGCCAUCACAUCCACGACUCUGGAGUUCUCGCUCCCUCCUCCUGAGAGCGACGGCGGCCUGCCCGUGCACACCUAUCUGGUGCAGUACGUCCAGAAGGAACAGCAGUGGGACGCUGCGCUGACCCGAGAGUGGCCUGCGGACGGAGAUUUCAAGGUGGAGGAGCUGUUGCCCAAACAGACCUACCUGUUCAGGUUCGCCGCAGAGAACGAGGUCGGGGCGGGCGACUGGUCGGAGCAGCUGGAGCAGCAGAUGCCCAAAGUGGACGUGCCGCAGCCGCCCACUCUCGUCUCGGCCGACGGUAAGCCCGUGGUGGCGGCCGGCGCCGGCCCAGACGUGGUCAUCACCUCGGACGAGUCCGACUCGUACCAGGCCCGAUGGACGGCCGGCGCCGACAACGGGGCAGACAUCGACAACUACCAGGUCACCUUCCGCAAGCUGAUCUACUUUAAGAAGAAGUGGCAGGUGGUGUCCUCUGCGCCGCGGCGGACCUCCGUUGUGGAGAUGCCCGGCUCGCCGGCGUUCCGUCUCACCGGUCUGAAGCCGGACAGCUACUACCGGCUGGAGGUGCGCGCACACAACGAGAUCGGCUACAGCCAGCCCGCCCAGGUCAUCAUCCACACUGCCGAAGGUGUGGCCCAGGAGGCGGCGGCGGCGCCGGUCAGCCGCUCCUCCAGUCUGGUGGUCGGCGUCGUCAUCGCCGUUCUUCUCGCGCUGGUCAUACUCUGUGACCUGACCUGCUACGCCGUCAACAAGCGCGGCAUCACGCACAUGCUGUGCUCGCGUGCGCGCGGCUCAUCCGACGUCGCCAAACUCACGGAGGAGGCAGCCAGUGAGAAGGAGCCUCUCCAGGAGAACGGUAACGGCAACAAGAGCUCUCCGCCGCCGCCAGAGGCCAACGGUGAACGGGUGAUACGGCUGCCGAAGCAGACCAGUGUGUAGACGGCGCCACCGCGGGGCCGGUGACGCCAGCGAGGAUGAGCCUCUGAAAAUUGACAAGGCGCAGCUGGAUGCCGCCAAAGACUCGGCCGUCUAGAUGACGUCAGAGUGACUUCAAAGCGACGUCAGGGCCUCCAGCCGGCCGUCGCAAGACACGUCAUAUAGCCCAGAUACAGUGACCUCACAAGACGUGUGAUGGCAUCACACCGACCAACUGACGUUAACCCAGCGGGCAGUGAUGUGAGGAAGCCCGACAAGACUGAGAGUGACCAUGACGUCAGACAGUUGUCUAGGUGACGUCAUAUGUGAGGUGACGUCACCGCCGCCGGGAUGAGGCGUUCUCCAGCAGUAGCGGCGGCCUCAGCCGCCGCCGCUGCCCCGUUUAGAUCUGUGUUUUAUCGUUCACCUUUUUCAUUUUGUGUACGGCAUUGUCGAGAAGUUCUCCUUGGUUCCCGUCCUUAUGCGCCGCCCACCGGCCGGCUCUCGGCCAAUCGGGUGCGGCGAGCGCUCUCAGGACGGCUGUGAUUGGCCGCCCGGCCCAGCCCCGCGCUUUCCUUGGAGCGCGGCUCGAAGGGCCGCUCGAGGGUCGCGUUUUGUACGCCGAUGUUUUCCAGUAUACAUAUACAUUAGUGUCGCCAGCGUCGCUGCGCUAAGAUGUAGAGCCAACUAGUCGGCCUGGGGGUGCUGAGAUGAAAACUAGCGCCAGAAUCGGCCACACCACGACUGUGUUUAUCCAUCACUUCAAAAUAAAAGUACCGAACUUGUGUGAGGGAGUGAAGGCAGUCAUUCAAGAAAUGUUCGUUGUGUUAGCUAAAUUUAAUGUAAUCAAACAAACCCUCUACCAUGUGAGCUGAAUACCGUCCCGACCUCGGAUUGCCUUUUUUCUCAUAAAUAAUUCCCCCGUUUCUGACGUGAUGUAGCCGAUUCUCGCCGCGUUUUCAACUCUGUCGGCGGCUGCGUAUGCGGGACACAGGGCCGCCGCCGUUCUCAUGUCUGCGAACGUGAAUGUGUGUCUUCUAAGGGGCUGCCACGGUGUCUGAAGGGGAAUGUGUCCUGAGGGGGAGCGGGCUCAAAGUGCGUGCGGGGAGGGGGGUGGUAGGCUGAACCUUGAUUGUACGACGUCCGGUGCGAAUGAGAUUCUGAGUAGCCGUUGGCCGGCGUUCGGCCGUGUCAAUCCCACUCCGAGAUGUGUACAUAAGCGAUGUUCUUAAUGGCGAAUACAGUUCAUGUGGUCGAU